AUGUCAGACGAAGCUUCACCUGUUAAUUUGUUACCUCAAGGUGCCGGGUAUGGGGUUUUACUUGGGGUCGGUGCAGUCUUUGCUGCAGGUAUGAUCUUAACUACCUUCUUAUUAAAGAAAUAUUUAAAUGAAAACUCCAACAAUACUGAAACUUUCUCAGUUGCUGAUAGAAAUGUUGGUACUUUCCUCUCUGCUUCCGCUGUGUAUUCUUCUUGGUCUUGGGCAGAUGAAUUAUUAUGGUCUUGUACUAUGGUUUACAACUACGGUAUUCAAGCUUCUUACUAUUAUGGUGCUGGUUUGGCUGUUCAAAUUGCUGUUAUGUCUUGUAUUGGUAUUCAUGCUAAAAAAAAGGCCCCUAAAGCUCAUACUUCUUUAGAAAUUGUUGAAUUAAGAUAUGGUAAGGCUGCUCAUAUCUUGUAUUUAUUCCUUGGUUUAACUAAUAACUUAAUUUCAUGUUCUUCCAUGAUUUUAGCUGCUUCUGGUGCCAUCUCCAUUAUUGCUGGUAACUUACACAUUGUUGCUUCGGCAAUGUUGAUUCCAUUUGGUGUUUUGUUAUACACCAUUGUUGGUGGUUUAAAGGCUACUUUCUUGACUGAUUUUGUCCAUUCUUUAAUUUUGUUGACCAUUUUAUGUUACUUGAACACUUCAGUCUUGACUUCAGAAAAAGUUGGUGGUUUAGAUUCAUUGUAUGAUAUGCUUGUCAAUUUCGAAGCCACUGGUGCCAGAUAUAUUGAAGGUAACUAUCAAGGGUCUAUGCUUACUGGUAAGUCACUGGGUGCUCUUUUCUUUGGUUUGAUUUUAACUUGUGGUAACUUCGGUCUUACUGUAUUGGAUUCCUCCUUCUGGCAAAAGACAUUCUCUGCUUCUCCAAGAGCUACCGUUCCAGCUUAUUUGAUUGCUGCUUUCUGUAUUUUUGCCAACACUUGGCCAUUGGGUGCCAUUAUCGGUUCUUCUUCCAUUGUUUUGGAACACACCAGUGCCUUCCCAACUUAUCCUCGUGCCAUGACUCAAUAUGAAAUUGAUUCCGGUUAUGUCUUGCCAUAUGUCUUGAAGGCUCUUUUGGGUAACGGUGCUGUUGGUGCUUUGUUAUUGGUUAUUUACAUGGCUGUCACCUCUACUGUCUCGGCCCAAAUGAUUUCAGUUUCGUCCAUUCUUUCCUUUGACAUUUACAAGAAAUACAUUAACCCACAAGCAAGAAACAAGUCUAUGAUUAGAAUUUCCCAUAUUGGUUGUGUUUUCUUCUCAUUUGGUUCUGCUGGUUUCAGUCUUAUGUUACAUUAUGUUGGUGUUAACAUGACAUGGUUUGGUUACUUUAUUCCAUUACUUAUUUGUCCUGGUGUUAUUCCAUUGAUCUUCACUAUUACUUGGAGUAAGCAAAGUUGGCUCGCUGCUGUUGUUUCUCCAGUUAUUGGUAUGGCUGCUGGUCUUAGUGUCUGGGUUGGUACUGCUAAGCACUACUAUGGUGUUGUUACUAUUGAUGCUCUUGGUGGUCAAUUCCCAGCUCUUUUUGGUUCUUUAACUGCCUUGUUGCUCCCAGGUAUUCUUUCUCUUGUUAUUUCUUUGAUUCGUCCAAGUAACUUUGAUUGGAAACAAUUGCAAGAAGCUGAUAUCUUGGUUAAGGAUGAUGAAGAUUCUUCCUCUGCUAUUGAAUCUUUAGAAAAGACUGAAUCUGAUGUCAAGGUGCAAGAAAAUGAAUUUGAAGUUGAAAUCAGUGACAUUGAAAGUAGUAAGGUUGCCAAGAAAGACCAAUUGUCUGAAAAACAACUUGAUUUCUGGAUCAAGGUUUCUAGUGGUGCCGCUAUAUUUGUAUUGUUAAUUACCUGGGUCUUAUGGCCAAUGCCAUUAUACAGAGAUUGGAUCUUCACUAGAGCUUAUUUCAAGGGUUAUGUUACAGUCGGGUUAAUGUGGUUAUAUGGAACUUUGGUUGUAAUUGGUAUAAUGCCAAUAAUAAGUGGUAGACAUAGUACUGCUAAGGUUCUCCGAGGAGUCUAUCGCGAUUAUAUACAGAGAAAGUAG